CGCGGAUUAAAUGAAAGCACAUUUGGAUAUUGACAGAUUCAUAACAAAAGAUGACUACAAUAAUAUGUCUUGAUUGAAAAUAAUUAUCCUUGGACAUUUGUCCAACAUAAGCUUCCAGAACGCUAAUAAUGUUAAUCACAAACAUAUAACAUGUUUUAACAACUUUAAAUAUGACUGACCUUUCAACUGUAAACGUAAUUUCCAUCUAGUUGAUAAUUCAUAUUUAAAUGAGAUAAUCAAAUAAUGCUAAUGCAACCAGUGUUAAUAGUAAGUCUACUGUUUAUAUGCAAUAUCUAUGGAUCAGAUGUGGAUGCUAAUCAAAACAUUUCCCAAUGUAUUCCGACUCCUCUAUUAAUAUGCACCAAAAAUGAUAGUGAUAUUUGUGUUGAUCCAAAGGCAUUGCUAAUUGCAUCUCCUUUUCAUGGUAAUUUAACAUUUCAACUUGAACCAGCUACAAGUGAAUAUUAUCUCAUCGAGGCCAAUGGUACUGAUUGUAUUUUUACUGGCAAAAUGAACGGAACAUCAAAUCGUGUCAGAGUUAACAUUUGUUCUUAUUCAUUGAAAAACUCAACUCUUGUCACUUGUUUGAUUAUUCAUAAUGAUAGUUGGUUAAUUGAGUUCAAUGAAACAAAAGAAUGCUAUCAAAUUCGAUUAUCUCAAUGCUCUAUUCGAGAUAUUAUACCGAUAGAUACAUACGAUGGGCUCAAACCGGAAAAUAUAUUAAGAGUUGGUUAUCCAUCGUCAAAUCAUCUUUUUGAUCCAAAGUUUUUAAUGUCCACUCCAAGAUACGUUGAAGUAGGAAUAGCAAUUGAUUGCAUGACAAAAAAAUAUGUCACUCCAAAUCAUGAAAUAUAUAACAUUUUUAAAAAGGCAACGCAGUUGCUAACACAAAUGAAUAUUUUUGCAAUACUUACUGUGAUUAAAAAGCUUGACACGGCAAACCAAUGUAAUGAAUCAAGAAUCUACAAUGAUGAUGCUGGCAUGUUGCUGAGCAAAUUCAGAGAAUAUAUCAUAGAAAACCAUGAAACAUUUGGCAAAUAUGAUGUAAUUGUAAGAAUCACAGCUCCAUGCAACUGUAGCAAGAUUGGAGUAACUAAUCUUUUUAUAGCUUGCACUCCGAUGUUGGGACAUGCUGUUGUAAGAGAUAACAAUGAUUAUACUUUUUCAAUAACUUUUGCUCAUGAGUUACUUCAUACAUUUGGAGUAGUCCAUGACAAUGAUCAAGAACUGGCAGAAGAAGCUCAUUGUCCAUAUGCAUUUUGUUUGAUGUACUCCACGACACCGUCUCGAGGUCAACCAGAGGUAGGAUUGUCACCAUUCACAAUUUCACAGGUGGAAGCUUCUAUUUUAUUGGGUUAUCUUGAUUGCUUUUUAGAUAAACCAGAGCUAGGCGAAUAUUGUGGCGAUUACUCUUUAAACGGCAACGAACAGUGUGAUUGUGCGGAUGUAAAACAUUGUUCAAAAUGUUGCAAUCCAUCAACUUGUUUACUUUUAGAAGGAGCCAAGUGUGGACAUGGACCUUGUUGUAAUUUUGAAACUUGCGAGCUCUACAAGUCAACAGAUAAUCAUGUAUGCCGUCCAGCAAAAAGUGAUUGUGAUAUAGAAGAAAGAUGUGACGGAUCCUCACAAUUCUGUCCUCCUGAUCUUCAUUUGCACGAUGGUUGGAGUUGUGAAUACGGUGAGGGUCACUGUUUUAAUGGUAAAUGUGGUAGUUAUCAUCUUUCCUGUGAUAAAAUUUUCGAAAAUUCUGAGCCUGCUCCAGAUUCGUGUUAUGAAAAAAAUGCAGUGGGCACACUUUAUUUUAAUUGUGGUCCACCAACUGAUUAUUUUCAUCCCUUCGACGGCAAAGCAAAAAAAUGUAAAAAGGAAGAUGUCAAAUGUGGCCGAUUACUAUGCACUGACAGCAGCAGAUUAAGAAACUCAAUUAAACAAGCAUAUAUAAAUGUUAUAAUCGACUUUGAAAGUGCGUCCUGUCGAGGUAUCCUUAUACCCAGAACCUUCAAACGUAACGCAACCGAUUUAGGUUUAGUACCUGAUGGUGCACCUUGUGCUCCAAAUAAAAUGUGUCUCAACCAAGAAUGCAUUCCAGUGUCAAAAGUUAUUGAGACGAAACCAUGUCCAAUCAAUUGCCAAAAUCGAGGUAAAUGUACUAACCAAGGAAAUUGUAUUUGUAAUAAUCCAAAAGAUAAAUCGCCUGAUUGCUCUUUCUCCCCGGUAACUUCAUCGAGUUGGCAAGUCUUGUUUCGAUACUUUGAAACUACAAUUCAAUUAAUUGUAAUGAUUGUGUUGACGUCAACAUGGAUUUGGAGACAUUUUAAUAAAUAAUAAAUAUAAUUGUGUUUAUCUGUUCCUCUG